UUGCGGAUGCCAUGCGGUACAAUGAGACCUCGCGCAAGGCGUCACAGCGCGUAACGACGCAUUGAUUACCAAGCAGCACGUGGCAGUUGCUGUGGCUGAUCCCUCAUAAUGCGUGCGAUGUGCCUCAUGCAUUCUACAUAUGUCUCAUGCUCGGGAACUCCCGAGCCGCGUAUACACAUCCCGCAAUCUUGCAACCCCGCAACUGCCCGAACCGCCUCUCUGUGCGAACAUCACAGAAUAAUCCGCACAUUUCACCGUCGUCCUCGUCAUGGCACAGCAACAGCAGCAGCGCCAGCGCGACCUGUCCCUUGGCGGUUAGGGCAAGCAAUAGCGCGAGCCGUCCGUUGCUGAGAUGCUAGCGGCGCAGCACGAGCGGAAUUUGCAGCGCGAGUUCGACCGCCAGCCGGGGGAGGUCAAGGAGGCCAUGGCGGCCGCCGGCGGCGCUGCCGUCGCCCCGGUUACAGCGCCCGCCGGCGGUGGCGUUCCAGGCGCUCUGGGCGCGGCGAGCGGGACGGAAGGGUGUGUGACAGUGAAAGAGAGCCCAGCGACAGGGACGGGCGACGAGCCUACGACGGCGGCGGGGAGGAUGGGCGGCGGCGUGGCCGCUCCUGAGGUGCCGAACCGAAUGCGGGACGUGCUGCCCGAAGGGGAGAUCGAGGCAGGCGGGCUGGACCGGCCCGUCACAAAGAUGAACGCCGCUGCUAAGCAGAAGGAAGAAACGGCGCAGUUCGGAGGGGUUUGAGGGGUUGAGCGAUGGGAAGGAAUGUGCGUGGGAAGCGAUGACAUCAUGGGUGGUAUGGGAUGGUAUUUUGGAACGGCUUUGAAUGGUUGUGAUGUGCGAGGAGGGUUGCUUGGCUGCCCUGGAGUCUUGAUGAGUGGAAGGAGGGCAUCAUGCUACCUAUGUUGGGAGACUGAAUAUAUUCCAUGAGAUGCGUUUCGUCAUUGACCACUGUCUGUCGGUCUUUCUCUUCUUUAUGCUCCUGUCUCUCUAAGUCUCUAAGCUUCAUUCAGCUCAUUGUCACCCUUACCUCCCUACUGCAUCCUGUGAAGGGCGGAGCAGCAGCGGCGUUGCAGUCAGCAGCAGAUAAGAACGUGCAGGCGGGGGUGGUGCCGCCCAUGGGAGCAGAGCUGGCCAGCGCACGAGGCAGGCAAGCAGGCACCCAAAGCCCGCAGGGGGGGAGCCGUGAGGUGGGGGAUACAUUGGGUGAAGAAGCCACGGGCUGUAACACAAGGGGUGCAGCGGGAGUGAUACAAGGCAGCAGGUGGCAAGAGGCACAGUUUGCAGUAGACGUGCAUGGGGUGACCAUAGAGUGGUAGGAUGUGUUGUGUAUGAUGUAUCAAUAUAUAUAUUUUAUAUAUAUAUAUAGUUGUGUAGGCUUGGUAGGUGUUCUACAAUUGUGGAUCCUACUGUA